AUGUCUAACACAUCAGCCACGGACGUGGAUAAAGGUGCUGAUCUCACCCAGACUAGUUUCUGCCUCUAUAUCGAACCCAGUCAGCCAGGAGUAAGAGCUGCCAAAUUGAAAAGGGGCAUAUACGAGUUUUCGCCAACAACAUAUCCGGGGCUCAACAUGAUUCAUAUUACCCAUAGACCUCUCACCGGAAGGGGUCAAGAUUUGACAGUUCCAACGAAUUCAAGGGACCCAUUCAAUUGGGGAGAACAGGUAUUCAGCGUUGAGAGGGAGAGUCCUGCGAAACUCGAAGGUAGUCCAAAGCUUGAGAGUGAUAUUGGAAGUGUAGCCUCAGUUGAGGUAGGAUCUGAUCCUGGCGAGGGGUUCGAGCUGGGAAAUAUUCGGUACCAAUGGAGAAAUCUGGACGCCGCGGUCAACCCUGAAUGA